UCCCAUUGGCUGCUGGCGCGGCGGCGGUUUGGAGUGAGGCUUGCACGUUGACUGAAAGCUGUGUGGAGUGGCGCGACACAAGGCUUGGCGUCUAGCCCAGUUUCUGGUGGGAAAACGGGGCCGGGUCAGGUCUGGGUCCCCGGGGUAUGGAUCGCGUGUGUAGUGCGUGGUGCGGGAAGUGUGUCAAAGAGAAAGGGUUGUCGCCACUCUGGGCCCAGCGCAUCGUGGUCGCCUGGCUCAGUAGGGCCGAGUGGGAUCAGGUGACGGUAUAUCUAUUCUGUGACGACCAUAAAUUGCAGCGGUAUGCGCUGAAUCGCAUCACGGUGUGGAGGAGCAGGUUAGGCAACGAACUCCCCCUGGCAGUGGCUUCUACUGCUGACCUGGUACGCUGUAAGCUCAUGGAUGCAACUGGUGGCUUGGGCACUGAUGAACUCAGACUGCUCUAUGGCAUGGCGUUGGUCAGGUUUGUGAAUCUUAUCUCGGAGAGGAAGACAAAGUCUGUCAGGCUUCCCCUCAAGUUCCUGGCUCAGGAGGUGAACAUUCCAGAUUGGAUUGUUGAACUUCGCCAUGAGUUGACCCACAAGAAAAUGCCCCAUAUAAAUGACUGCCGCAGAGGCUGCUAUUUUGUCCUGGGUUGGCUCCAGAAAACCUACUGGUGCCGCCAACUGGAGAACAGCCUGAGAGAGACCUGGGAGUUGGAGGAGGACAAGGAAGAGACAGAUGAAGAUGACCAAGAGGAAGAAAAGAAUAUUGUUAUUGAUGACAUCACAAAACAGAGACCAGAGCCUAAGGAUGAGAGGAAAGGUGCAGAACUGGAUGCCAGGGCUGAUGGAGACAGCAAAGACAACAAAGAGGUUGAUGCGCGUUUGGAAAAGGCUCGGAGACAUAAAGAGCUAUAUGAAAGAGCCCGAGAACUGCUGGUAUCAUAUGAAGAAGAGCAGUUUAAGGUGCUGGAGAAAUUUAGGCAUUUACCUCCGGCCAUUAAGGCGUGGAAUAACCUGUCCCCACCUGUAGAAUGCAUCCUGGCAGAGCUCAAGGGCAUUACAUGGGAGAACAGGGAAGCUGUGCUGGAUGCUUUUCUGGAUGAUGGCUUUCUCAUCCCCACAUUUGAGCAGUUGGCGGCUUUGCAGAUAGAGUAUGAAGAUGGACAGACUGAGGUCCAGAAAGGGGAAGGUACUGACCCAGAGUCACACAAAAACAUGGACUUCAAUGAUGUCCUGGUGCCAAAGCCAUUCUCUCAAUUCUGGCAGCCCUUGCUCAGGGGCCUGCACUCCCAGACCUUCACGCAGUCCCUGCUAGAGAGGAUGCUCUCCGAGCUGCCAGCCUUGGGGAACAGCGGGAUCCGGCCCACCUACAUCCUCAGAUGGACCGUUGAACUGAUCGUGGCUAACACCAAGACUGGACGGAAUGCCCGCCGAUUUUCUGCACACCAGUGGGAAGCGAGAAAGAGCUGGAGGCUAUUCAACUGCUCUGCCUCCCUUGACUGGCCCCAGGUGGUUGAGUCCUGCUUGGGCUCACCUUGCUGGGCCAGCCCCCAACUCCUUCAGCUCAUCUUCAAAGCCAUGGAGCAGGUCCUGCCAAACGAGGAGCAGGAGAAACUACUGCGCAUCUGUUCCAUUUAUACCCAGAGUGGAAAAAACAGUCUGGUGCAGGAGGGCUCAGAGGCCUCCCCCAUUGGGAAGUCUGCGUACACACUGGACAGCCUGUAUUGGAGCUUCAAACCAGCCGACUCCAGCUCGGUGCCUGAAGGAGAAGCCCAGCAGCAGGAGGAGCAGGGCAGCCUUAAUGAUGUCAAGAAAGAUGAGAAAGAGGAGAAAGAGGUCAUGGAAGACCAGGUGGAAGAGGGGGAAGAGGAGGAGGAAGAGGAAAAUAAUGACUGGAAGAAGUGGGAGGAGGAAAAGGGUGAAGAUGAUGAUGAAGAUGAAGAUGAUGAAGAUGAGGAGGAGGAGGAGGAAGACAGAAUGCAGGUGGAACCUUUCUCUACAGUGGAGGAGUCCCCCGCUGCUGAGAAUGUGAGGCUCCUGGCCCAGAAAAGAGGAGCUUUGCAGGGCUCUGCAUGGCAAGUUAGUUCAGAAGAUGUACGGUGGGACACCUUUCCCUUGGGCCGAAUGCCAGGUCAGACUGAGGACCCAGCAGAGCUUAUGCUGGAGAAUUAUGAAACCAUGUAUCUCUUGGACCAACCUGUGUUAGAGCAGCGGCUGGAACCCCCAACAUGCAAGAUGGGCACCCUGGGCCUGAGCUGUGGCCUCGGCAGUGGCAACUGCAGUGGCAACUGCAGCAGUGACAACAGCAACUUGGAGGGCCUCCUCUGGAGCCAAGGCCAACUGCAUGGUCUCAAAACUGGCCUGCAGCUCUUCUGAUACCCGCCCUGUGCCAUCUAUUCUUGGGCAGCCGUCCUCGCCCCCCGACCCCACAGUGCACCUGAUGUUCCAUGAAACAACCUGGGAGACGUCCUGAAUCAGCCGCAUCAGCUCAGCUUUCACUAUGAUAGAAUUUUAAUCAUGCUUUGUUUUUUGUUUUGUUCUUUUUGAAAAAAAAAUAAACAGGCAACUAUUGUUUUGGUGUUUCUGAGAUGAA